AUGAAUUGCGAAAAUCUUUAAAAUCAUGGCGACUUUCAUUCUGGAACAAUUCUAUGCCCAAUAUUAGAUACAGUAAUGUUCCCUUUAUUCCAGAGGACACAGCCAUAUCAACUCUAAACGAACAAUCCAAUUUGAUAGUUAUCCUGUAUUCGUGAUAAUACUGAUGUUCAAUUACAGAAAUUAAUAAUAAUUUAUGAUUGCUUUGUUAAAACACAUUUUGUAGCUUUCGUCAAAUCGUCAAAACGGACCAAAGCUGCCAUUUUCAUGAGAAUGACAGUACAUCUGAGAAGUGUUGAAAAAACAAUCAGCCUAAUUAUGAAUAAUAAUUUACGACUGCUUAGUUUUCUAAUCAUAACAUGCAGCUUUACUAUCCAUACCUUCUCAUGGGUUGUGCUUGUGGAAAGGAAACCAUUGAAGUUAAUGGUAAAACAUAUGUAAUUAAAGCAAGGAUAGGAGAAGGAGGUUUUAGUGUGGUAGAUUUAAUUCAAGAUCAAAAAACUCAUCGUUCAUAUGCUUUGAAACGCAUUGUUUGUCAUAGCAAGGAAGAUGAAAGGUGUGCCAUGAAAGAAGCUGAAUAUCACAAUAUGUUCAAUCAUCCUAACAUCAUAAAAUGUAUUGAUGUUUCUCUAGUUGAAAAAUGUGAUGGAAUGAAUCGGGGUGAAGUUAGACUGCUUUUGCCUUAUUAUAGGAAAGGUACACUUCAAGACGAGCUUACUGUUCGAGCUAAGAACAAAAAUCAUAUACCAGAGGAACGAAUUUUGCGAAUUUUCAGACAAAUGUGUGAAGGUAUUAGAAUAAUGCACAAUGCUCAACCUUAUCCUUUAGCUCAUAGAGAUGUGAAACCUGCCAAUGUUUUAAUGAGCAACGAUGACUCUCCAGUGUGGAUGGACUUCGGCUCAAUGGGCAGAGCUAGGCAAGAAAUCCGUAAGGCGUCUGAGGCGAGAGCUUUGCAAGCUGCCAUCUUGAAUUGGGACCCCCAUGGUUUGUGGCGGGAUUAGCAUACUUCCAAACUC